CUUUGUCCGAAGCGGGGUAUGACGUCAUGCUGGGAAACCUGCGAGGUUCCGCCUACGCGACAGGCCACGGGUGCAGCCAGCAGCGCAACUGCCGCUUCAACCUGGACGACAUGGGCGAGUACGACGUGGAGGCGCUGGUGGGGCUGACGCAGCGCGCCACGGGCGACGCGCGGCCCUUCUACCUGGGCCACAGCUCAGGAGGGGGGGCGCUCUACACGUGGCUGCAGCGCCGGCCACGUGCACACCACGUGCUCAGAGGCGCACUGCUCUGGAUGCCCUCCGUCUUCUACACCGAGCCGCACAGCACCAUCCUCAAGAUUUACCAUCUCCUUCCGGAGCCCCUAGUGAGGGCGCUGUGGCAGGUGCCAGGUGACAUAUUGCCUCGAUCUCGCACCACUGCGGACAUUGCAUGGCGAAUGUGCAGAUCUGGAUCACCCCUGAGGAAUUUCUGCGAGGCACUGUUUCAGCUCGGUGUUAACAUAAAUCUGGAUUCAACUGACAUGAAGCGGCUGCCUGAGAUCGUCUCGCACUCCGGCUGCGGCCUGCCCACCACCGCGUACGCACACUACCUCCAGAACAUCAGGGCCAAGCGCCUGCAGGCGUUCGACUUUGGCCGGGAGGAGAACCUCAGCAAGUACGGCAGCGAGCGGCCGCCGGCCUACCACGUCGUCAACUCGACGCUGCCCACCGCCUUCUUCCUCGGGACGCGCGACCGGCUGGUCUCCUUUGAGAAGCGGCUGCCUGAGAUCGUCUCGCACGCCAGCUGCGGCCUGCCCACCACCACGUACGCACACUACCUCCAGAACAUCAGGGCCAAGCGCCUGCAGGCGUUCGACUUUGGCCGGGAGGAGAACCUCAGCAAGUACGGCAGCGAGCGGCCGCCGGCCUACCACGUCGUCAACUCGACGCUGCCCACCGCCUUCUUCCUCGGGACGCGCGACCGGCUGGUCUCCUUUGAGGAAGGUAUGCGGCAGAUUCGAAUGAUUCCAAGCAAUGUCAAGAAGAUGGUGGUACCGCUAGAGGGCUACGACCAUUUCCACGUCUUGUUCGACAAGAACGUACACCGUCUCGUCCAUGACAAGAUGUUAAGCUUCAUGUCCGAACUCUGAAAACAGGGCAGCAGCUGUUUAUGGAUGAUCCAUGCCUUUCCUGCUCCGGUCUGGUUUCAUUUCCGUCACUUACUGCGUAAAUAUUUAUUGUGAUGUGAUGUGUUACUGUAGCACCGAAGUCACAGACUGUGCGGCUGGUCCCGGCAGAGGUUCGAGUCCUCCCUUGGGCAUAAGUAAGUGUGUUUGUCCUUAGGAUAAUUUAGGUUAAGUAGUGCGUAAGCUUAGGGACUGAAGAUCUUAGCAGAUAAGUUCCAUAAGAUUUCACACACAUUUGAACAUUUUUUUUUGUAGCACCGACUUUCAUU